AUUGAAGCUGGAGCUGAAGUGAAGUUGUCUUAGAGCGCUCACAACGACAGAACUGAAACUCAAACCAGAAAUUUAUAAAAGAACAAAAAUAACACUAUCAACAUCUCAAAAACCGACGGGAGGAAACGCCAGAAUGAAGCCCCUGCAUGUCUGGACCUUUGCUGUCCUCAUGUUGAUCUCAGACACUCAAGGACAAGACCCGGGCUCUAAUCACAGCGUGACCCCUACACCUCCAGAGAGAGACGAGCCACAGUCCCUCAGCUCAACUCCUCAACACGACCAAAACAUCACGAGAGACUUUCACCAGAACCAAACUGACCACAGCUACAGACCUGAGUUUGAAAAUGGGAUGUCGGAGAAUGAAACAGUGAAUAAUUCCACCGUGGAGCCGACCAACAGCACAACUGGAACCAACGGAUCAUCUGAGAUGGUUCUGACUCCUGGAGUCGGUGACACAGAGACAGAGACAGAGGAGGAGAAGGAGGAUGAAUAUGACGGAAACACCCUACCCACCACUGAAACGACUGAUGUCAGACAAACAUCAUUGUUGCCAGUGACAAACGGCGGCUCCUCAUGGGGUUACAUCAUCCUGGUUCUGAUCGUGUUGUUGGUUCUGGUUCUUUGCAUCAUUCUCUUCCAAAUGAGGCGAGCGAGUCGGACCUACACUUUUGACCUGCAGCGUCCUUGUCCCAGCCGACCCAACGAACCAAUCGGAUCAUUUGAACCCGUCUAUCUGGACGACCUGGAUUAUCAAGUUCACGCUGCUGGAUUUUCAGUGGCUGUUGAAGCAAACGGCGCCGUUCUGCCGACUGAAGACAAGGAUCUUAACGGGGAAGCUUCACAAUCGAAUGGACUGCAGACUCCAGCUGCCCCCGAGUCUAAUCCCAGCACCGAGACUGAACCGAGCCAAGUCCAACCGAACCAGGACCAACCGGACCAGGACCAACCGGACCAGGACCAACCGGACCAGGACCAACCGGACCAAGAUUUGAGCUCCAGUCCGGUCCUGUUCAUUAAUGAGCCAGAGGACAUGAACGCUAACAACAAUAACCCAUUGCGUUCAAGUGCCUUUGUGGAGGUAAAUCUGGACGAGCCGCGGUCGACUGUGCAGCCCUUCAGUUUCUCAUCAUCGGAGCUUCAACACUUCUACUGAGACUGGAAUAUAAUCCUUUUAUAUUUAUUCUUUCAUGCAACUGUCAGUCGUUUCAAUUGGAAAACAUUAUGUACAAAAACGUUUGGCUAACGCUAGCUAGCUUGAGACUGUAAUGUUAUUUGACAGGGACUUAACUCAGCUCAAGGAGGAGGCUCGACUAAACCAGGCUCAACUAAACCAGGACCAACUAAACCAGGCUCGACUAAACCAGGCUCAACUAAACCAGGCUCGACUAAACCAGACUCAAUUAAACCAGGACCAACUAAACCAGGCUCGACUAAACCAGGCUCAAAUAAACCAGGCUCAACUAAACCAGGCUCGACUAAACCAGACUCAACUAAACCAGGCUCAAUUAAACCAGGACCAACUAAACCAGGCUCAACUAAACCAGGCUCAACUAAACCAGACUCAAUUAAACCAGGCUCAAGCAAACCAGGACCAACUAAACCAGGAUAAACUAAACCAGGCUCAACUAAACCAGGCUCAACUAAACCAGGCUCAACUAAACCAGGACCAACUAAACCAGGAUAAACUAAACCAGGCUCAACUAAACCAGGCUCAACUAAACCAGGCUCAGCUAAACCAGGCUCAACUAAACCAGGCUCAAGUAAACCAGGCUCAACUAAACCAGGACCAACUAAACCAGGCUCAACUAAACCAGGACCAACUAAACCAGGCUGAACUAAACCAGGCUCAACUAAACCAGGCUGAACUAAACCAGGCUCAACUAAACCAGGCUCAACUAAACCAGGACCAACUAAACCAGGCUGAACUAAACCAGGCUCAACUAAACCAGGCUCAACUAAACCAGGCUCAACUAAACCAGGCUCAACUAAACCAGGCUCAAUUAAACCAGGACUUCAGCUCCACUUUUAUCCUGUUCAUUGAUGAAACACAUGAGGUGAUAAAUUACAAAUCUGUAAAAUUGGUCCUGUUCUCAUUUUAAAUCUUUUGUCAUCAUUUUGAACUCAAAAGUCAUAUAAAUUGUACAUAACUGUGAUAUUUGUAUUUUAGAGGCUGCACUAGACAGUCCCAGUGUGUUUGUGUAAUACAGACAAUCACCAGCCAACUGUGCUGUUGUAGUUUAACCACAUGAGGGCGCUGAUCUCCAGUUUGUUUCUAUUUCAUGUAUUUUGUGCUGUGGCCCU